AUGCAGACUGUGCCUGCAGGAUGCAAGCACAUGCAUGUUGCAACUUUGGGCAGCAUCAGCCAUUUUGCUCGAAGCGAUGCGUCCCGCAAGGCAAUUGCCCUGAAGUUCAUUGUGAGACCAUUCUUGCGAAGGAUCGGUACAGUAACAUCGGCUGACUGUCUUUCGUCGCAGCUUAAAUCGAGGCAGAAAUCGUCUUUCACGCUUCUCCUGCAUUGGUGCAGCACCAACGCAGGAGAGCCUCCCCUUUCUGGGGCAAUGCCGACUGCAGAGACAUCCGGCGUCUCGCAAACCAGCGUAUCGGAGCGAAUGGUGUUCUCUGCGCUUUGCUCUGUCCUUCCGAAUCCUGACCUCUUCGCAGGCGGGGAGGACAAUCACCAGAUAUGCCGUACCACAGCGCAUACAGUCAACGCACUGCCGGACGACGCACGCUGUAGCGGUUCUCUACAGCUUGCGACUGCGGGAGUUGUUCAGAGUGCGAGUGAAUGGAGAUGCGGUCUGCUGACAGACGGGUUGGACAUGAGCAUUGUAGUAGUUGGAGUAAGAGUUGUGAGAUCUGCGCAAGAGAUGCCGGCGCCAAGGGAGCGCAUCACCGCCACCGCCUGGUGCGAACACCAUCCCCUUCCCCUGGCACGCGGUGAAACGGCGACCCAUGCAUUGUUGGUUUCAAACUGCUGGGAUUGUUGCUGGUGGCAACUGCGCGCCGCUCCAUCGUUCUGUGGUGUGCAUCUCGGCCAUGCUCGUUCGUGGGCUUCUACCACCGCCCCGGCUCUCGCAUCGUCUGUGUCCAACUGGUACAGGGAGAGUUUUAUGAUGCGCAGCACACACCCGCCAAAGACUACUACUGGCACCAAGGCCAAAGGCUACUCCUGCUGUCUUCCUACCAGGAGUGUCGGGCAAACAAAAGAGCUGGGCGUGGAGGGAAGCUGUGUCUGCGUCUGCCAUAUCCUGGACGGACAUCUCACUGCAGCUACGCGUCUAUACCGGCAGCUGCUACACCCAAGACACCUGCAGCUGGCCAACGAGCCCGAGUCCGACAGACUUACCCCCGCGAGACCUCCUCGGGCUGCACAGCGCGCGCAUAGCACACUACCAACGCCGUGUCCUACAUUCAUCCCACCUAUAUUCUUUUCCAGCACCGACCUAUACCACUCCUACCUCACCCACUCCGAUCCGACGACAUCGCGAACCGGCCCGCCUCCCAUAUAG